AUAAUGCUUGCUGUAUUCAUUCAGUCACUUUUGCUGGCACAUGCCACUGUAUGCCUACUGGCGUGUUACAACAAUUCUGGAUACUUUGAGUGGCACUCCGGCACGAGAAAACCUCUAUGUUGUCCAAAUGAGUGUCUUGGCGAGGAAAGAACGGAUCAGUGCUGCUCGUGUACGGCAGAGCCAUGUUGGGAAAUACGGAGAAACAACGAGAACUUUUCCUGUCCCGAGACACUCGGACAAUUAGAUAUUGAAAUAGUGGACGUGUUUGGAAAUGCGAUCAUUAUUAGAAAUCCGAGUGCGAGCGUAACUGAAGUUAUUUAUCCAGGAAGUUUAUUGACGAAGAUACCAGAGAACAUUUGUGACUUUGCGGACACUCUUGUAAAGAUUGAUUUUUCAAACAACUAUAUUAAAAACAUUUCAAUGAUAAAAUGCUUGAGAAAGUUGGAUACGAUACAUUUGGAUAACAAUCUAAUGAGAGACGUAGGCAAUGAUACAUUUAGUGAAAUGAAGAAUCUUCGAGUUCUUACACUGUCAAAUAAUAAUAAGUUGGAAAAUAUAGGUCCGAACGUCCUUGACAUUGGCGAUCAGAAUAUAUGUAUUGUGGAUUUUUCUCAGAACGAUUUUCUUACAUUUGAUGUCACUAAUUUGUUCACGCCCGGGCCGUUCUGCAAGAUAAAUGUGUCUAAUGGAAACAUUGGGGAUCUCACAAAUGAGCUUGGUUACGUCUUGGACACAAUGAAUGGGCCUGGUGACAUACUAGCAGAACAGGCAGGCAUCACACAUUUCUUCAAUUUUACGGCACUCGGCAUCCAUUUCUAUGAACUCCCAAAAUACUUCGAGGGUGAGAUCCGCAUUGAUGCAAGUUCUUUCAACUGCGACUGCAACAUUUACCCACUGGUUAGUACAGGUGUCGCUUAUGCUAAGUUCUGGACAAACUUAAACCAGUCUUUUAGCUGUAAUCAUCCCGACUGGAUGAAAGGUAAAGACAUGGUAACGCUCCUUGAGGAGAACAAAUAUGAUGAGCUUAUUUGUGAGUUAGAAAACUGCCCUAGUUUCUGCCGAUGUAUUGACAAACCGAGUGAAAAUAGAGUAAUUGUUAACUGCUCCGACAAAGGUCUGACACAGUUUCCUGAUGAAAUGCCAUUUGGAUACUGGAACAACAAAAACAUCGAGUUACUGUUAGCUAGGAAUGUAAUAACUGAAAUCCCCGACACAAACUAUUUGUGGCGAUUGAUAAAACUAGACAUGAGCGGAAAUACAAUAAGGAAAAUGAAUGAGAAUGCCUUGCAAAACAUACAUGUCGACAACAUGGACCAAGAAGGACUCAUUAUUAAUGGCCAAAUGUUAGACACGCUUGGAAAAGAUUUUGAAGAAAAGGAUCCACACAAGAUCAGAUUUGGCGACUAUCCCGUUAGAUGUGACUGCCAGAACCUUUGGGUAGGGGAUUGGAUCAGAAUCAACCGUGCGUAUAACAGGUUAAAAUAUCCUAAACUUCGUGCUCUGAACAGAGUACAAGAUGUUGUCAGUUAUGAAGAACGGAAUUCUACCAUGUUGGACAGACUAAAAUGGAAACUAGGUCCACCAGCGAAUCAAAGAGAAAGAUGCAACAAGGCAGAUGAUGAUUUCGAUAAACCUAAAGAAGAUUUUGAAAAGGAGUAUGAUUUGUUUGACAGAAAAAGUGUAACUUCUGGUGAUGGCAAAGUAGAUGGUUACUCAAAAUCAGUGUUUGAGCGAUUGUAUGAACCGAAGCCAUUAUUAUGCAAUUGUAAAUACCGAAAAUGUUAUCUGCACAGCGAAGCUCUAGACAGUAUGAACAACGGUGCACAUUGAAAAGUUGGCGAAUGAUUUACUAGCUCGAGUUUUGUAUUACAAGGAUAUUUUUGUGUGCAUUUGUGUUUCUCUCUGUUUCUAUAAAGAUUGUUUUAAACUGAUUUGUGUUUUAUCAAAAGGAAUUUUAAUAUGCUUACAUAUAUUAUUAUACUAAUGUGUAUUUAACUCUAACUAUCUAAGCCUGUGUUCCCUUAUCUGUUUUGAA